CUAUUCCGGUCCCGCGCGGUGGCUGUGCGGCGGUGUAUAUAAGCGUGUCAUCCCUAACCGAGGGACUCAUUGUACCCCAAGCCACAUACUCCAUACCCCAGGAUCCGACAGCAACCCGAUCCAACGAACCGCCCAACAACCUUAGCAACAUGAGCAUCAACACGUUGUUCUACGGCUUGGUGUUUAUAACCCUGGACGAGGUGCUCGUCAGGGCGUCGGGGAUAUCAGGAAUAGGAGAUGACGGCGGUUCUUUGAAUCCGUACAACACUGGAGAGCAGGAAGUUGAGCCAUUUGAAUUCGCGACCUUAAAACGGGACGAAAAUGGCAACGGAAAGGCGAAAGUCCCUGGUGCCGGGUACUUCCGGUUAGGUCGCAACCACGUCGAAGAGAUGCCGGAAGAGGCGGAAAGAGAAGCGCGCGGAAGGUCGGACAGCUUCAUAAGGUUCGGAAGGUCUCACCCGAAGGCUUCGCACCACAAAAACGAGCCUGGAUUCGGCGGCUUCGGGAGAAUCGAGAGAGGUAACAAGUGGGUCCGUAUGGGUCGCAACGCAAGGUCUAAUAACGAGAACGAAAUUUCGGCGUCGUACGAAUUCCUCAAGAUGGACAAAGAAAACUGUCAAAUAGCGCUGAACCGAUGCCACAGUAGAGUUCUGGACUUUUGCAGGGCGGACGAUAAUGAUAAAGAGACAUGUAUUUACUAUGAAAAGUCUGGUGCAACUGUCUGCCAAAAACAUGAUUAAGAAAUUAUUAGCUUUGACAAAUUUAUACGCUUCGAAUUAUGUAUAUUAUGUCCGCGAUGUAAUCUCUGGACACGAAAUUUCCUCAUGUCUAAAUUGCAUAUUUUUCCUCCUUCAAGC